AAAUUUAUUUAUUGUUUUAAAUACUAAACUCCUGUGUUUGUUGAAAACUUCGAGGAAAAUGAGUCUGCUAGGGAAAAGAAUUAAAUAUAUCAACGAAGGUAACGCACACAUUGUUUUACAUGUGAUAGAUACCGAUUAUGUGAUUAGAAUCAUCAAGGAAAAUGGAGUAACUGCCAACAUCAAUACAAUUUCUAACUCUGUGAAUUAUGUGAAUCUCGUCAUGGUUCCCCUGGUUUUUGGUUUUAAUAAGUAUAGGCAUGAAGUAAUUGAGCUGCCUCCUGAGGAAAUCGUUAAAUUAUCCAUCUAUUUGAAGGAUAUAAGACCAAAACACAGGCUAGUAAAGUCAGUUUUCAGUAAAUAUGCCAUAAAGGCACCCAACUUAGCCAUUAUCUCUUCAAACAGUGAAAACUACUGUUUAGAAUUAAAACCAAAGGAAGGAUUUUUAUCAGAGAGUUUCAAGAAGAUUUCAAAAUGCUAUUACUGCCUAAAACAGCAUCUGAAAGUUGAUGAAAAGCAAAUUAUAUGCAAGACUGAUUAUUGUCCAUUAGAUUUGUUCUCCGGCGAUCACAUCAGAAUGAAGAGAGCACUUAUAAACUUAAUAAAGAAUCCACAAAACAAUUUGAAACUAUUUCAAAAUGAGAAUAUUGUUUAUGAUGAAAAAUCAAAUAUGGAAGACUUUGAAGAUUUGAUCACAAAAAACAUUUUCAGUUCAGUGAAUAAAUUUAAUGAUUUUAUAAUUGCUAUAUUACUUAAUGACGGAAUCUCGAAUCUCAUAUUGAAAGAAUCUCCUGAUUUAAAAAUUGUGAAACCUAAUUAUUGUUAUGAAAGUAAAAAUCUAAAUGCAAAUAGCUUUCUCUACAAAUUACUCGCUAUCCAAAUGGUAUCAGAAACAUUUGAAAGUCAGCCAUUGAAUUUAAAUACCAUUGAAAGUGAAGAUCUGGAGUAUGUACCAAUACUUAUUACUUCCAUGAAAGAAAAUAAUAUAGAUCUUACAAAUGAAAUACAUAGAAAAAAGUUCAUGGAUACAACAAACUCAAAGGAUCUGGCUUUGAUAUCUGCAGUUGCUAAGGAUUGUUCAGUGAUGAUCUCUUAUUCAUUGACUCCAAAUGACAAACUACCGUUUGUUAAAAUUGAUAACACAGAUGUGUACUAUUCCGUGUCAGUUACUGAUUUAGAGCCAAAAUCACCCAAAACAUUGGUCAAAAGACAGAAAACGGAAAGAAAACUUUUAGAAAUAUAUGAAAAGUUAUUGAAUUCAUGAUUAGGUAAUCCAGCCACACUCUGAAACUAGAGCAAAACAACUAGAGGCAUGGCAACAAUUGAUAGCACUAUACUUAAAGACAAAUAAGCAAUCAACCAUAGACAUAAGAGAAUCACAGAACAGUCCAUUAUUUAAUAACUCGUCUAU